GGCCGGAUGUGCCGCCAUCUUUAGGCUCCCUCUCUCCCUUGUAUUGACAAUAACAAGCCCCGAUCCGUCCCGUCCCCCCUCCCGGGAGAGGGAGAGAGAAGGAGGCAGAGAGGGGGGAGGAGGGAGAGCGGGGGAGCUAAAGCGAGAGGAGAGGAAAAGGCGAGAGGGGCGGGGGGCUGAGGUAGAAGAAGAGGAAGGAAGGAAGGAAGGAAACGGGCAAGGGAGAAGGUGGAGAAAGGGAUCUAUAGACAAGAGGGAGCGAGAGAGACUCACUCACCCACCUCUUUUAUUUCCUCUUGAAGAAAGAGGGUAGGAGCAAAAGAAAGAGAGAGUGAGGAAUUGAGAGACCCCAGUGGGAGCAGAAAAGGUAGAAUAUAGGUGUAGAGAGGAGGACUGGGAGAGGCUCGUGGGUGGAGAGAAGGAGGAAGAGAAGACGCUGCUGAGGCGUAGAAGCAAGAGAGGCAUGAGAAACUGAGAAGAAACAAAGGAGCAGUGAAGAGAGGAAAUAAGUGAUUCUACCGAGAGAAGAAAGUGAAGGAGGGGGGGGACUGAAAGACUCUGCUGGCAAAAAGGAGGAGUUGAGAGACUCCUCUGAGAGAAGACAAACCAGAGACUGACUCUAACUCUCUCUUUGUGUGUCACACCAAAAGAAUUUGAUGCCCCUCAGUCUGUUCACCUCUGUGUGUUCAUGUUUCCCACAGGUUUCUCUUCCCCCAACCCCCCAGCAGCAGCUCAGGAGGUCAGACCUGCCACUGAUGGUAAUAGCAGCAGCAGCUCCUCCUCCUGCAAGAAGAGAAAGUUAAACAACAGCAGCAACAACUCUGAAAGAGAAGAGUUUGAUUCCAUUUCCUCCUGUUCCUCUUCUCCUUCCAAAAACAACUCAUCAUCAUCAUCUUCCUCCAUCAUCACCACGUCCUCGGGGGGGCCCUCAUCCAACCAUCACCUGCAGAAGAAGCUGCGCUUUGAGGACUCCUUGGAUUUUAUUGGACUCGAUGUGAAGAUGGCUGAAGAGUCUUCCUCAUCCUCUUCUCCUGCUGCCUCUUCACAGCAGCAGCACCAGCAACAGCUCAAAAAUAAAAGCCUUUUAAUUUCAUCAGUAGCUGUGGGGCACCAUGCAAAUGGCUUGACCAAAGCUGCCUCCUCCACGGUCUCCAGUUUCGCCAACAGUAAACCUGGCUCUGCCAAGAAGUUAGUGAUCAAGAACUUUAAAGAUAAACCUAAAUUGCCUGAAAACUACACAGAUGAAACCUGGCAAAAAUUGAAAGAAGCUGUGGAAGCUAUCCAAAACAGUACUUCAAUUAAGUACAAUUUAGAAGAGCUCUAUCAGGCUGUUGAAAAUCUCUGCUCCUACAAGAUUUCUGCAAACUUGUAUAAACAAUUGAGACAGAUUUGUGAAGACCACAUCAAAGCACAGAUUCACCAGUUCAGAGAGGAUUCGCUGGACAGUGUUCUUUUUUUAAAGAAAAUAGACAAAUGUUGGCAAGAUCACUGCAGACAAAUGAUCAUGAUUAGGAGUAUCUUUUUGUUCCUGGAUCGAACUUAUGUUCUUCAAAAUUCAAUGUUGCCAUCUAUUUGGGAUAUGGGUUUAGAGUUAUUUAGGACUCAUAUAAUUAGCGAUCAGAAAGUUCAGAACAAGACCAUUGAUGGUAUUCUUCUCCUGAUUGAGAGGGAAAGAAAUGGUGAGGCUAUUGAUAGGAGUUUGCUCCGAAGCCUUCUAAGUAUGCUUUCUGAUUUGCAGAUUUAUCAAGAUUCUUUUGAACAUAGAUUCUUGGAAGAGACUAAUCGUCUGUAUGCAGCAGAGGGGCAGAGACUUAUGCAAGAACGAGAGGUUCCAGAGUAUCUUCAUCAUGUCAACAAGCGAUUAGAAGAAGAAGCAGACAGAAUUAUCACAUACUUGGAUCAAAGUACACAGAAGCCACUAAUUGCUACUGUAGAAAAGCAACUGCUAGGUGAACAUUUAACAGCCAUCCUUCAGAAAGGUUUAAACCACCUUCUUGAUGAAAACAGAAUUCAAGACUUGUCUCUUCUAUAUCAGUUGUUCAGUCGGGUCCGGGGUGGAGUGCAAGUUCUCUUACAGCAUUGGAUUGAAUAUUUUUCAGGCAUUGGUAGCACUAUAGUAAUUAACCCAGAAAAAGACAAAACUAUGGUCCAAGAACUGCUAGAUUUUAAGGAUAAAGUUGACCAUAUUAUUGAUGUCUGCUUUCUGAAGAAUGAGAUUGUCAAUGCUAUGAAAGAAGCAUUUGAAACCUUCAUUAACAAGAGACCAAUAAAAGCUGAACUGAUAGCUAAGUAUGUGGAUUCAAAGCUUCGUGCAGGCAACAAAGAAGCUACUGAUGAAGAACGAAAAAUGCUGGAUAAAAUUAUGAUUAUAUUUAGGUUCAUCUAUGGAAAAGAUGUCUUUGAGGCCUUCUAUAAGAAAGAUCUAGCAAAGCGGCUAUUAGUUGGGAAAAGUGCAUCAGUAGAUGCAGAAAAAUCUAUGCUUUCCAAACUCAAACAUGGUGAAUGUGGAGCUGCUUUCACCAGCAAGCUUGAAGGAGUUAAAGACAUGGAAUUCAAAGAGAUCAUGAUACAGUUAAAGCAGUAUAUGCAAAAUCAGAAUGUACCUGGUAACAUUGAACUAACAGUGAACAUCCUGACUAUGGGUUAUUGGCCAACCUAUGUGCCUAUGGAAGUCCACUUACCACCAGAGAUGGUAAAACUGCAGGAGAUCUUCAAGACCUUCUACCUGGGAAAACACAGUGGUAGGAAACUUCAAUGGCAAUCAACACUAGGUCACUGUGUACUAAAAGCAGAAUUUAAAGAGGGCAGAAAAGAGCUUCAAGUCUCUUUGUUCCAGACACUGGUGCUGCUUAUGUUUAAUGAAGGCGAGGAGUUCAGUUUAGAGGAGAUAAAGCAAGCAACUGGGAUAGAGGAUGGAGAGUUAAGGAGAACACUCCAGUCAUUAGCCUGUGGCAAAGCUAGAGUAUUGACUAAAAGUCCCAAAGGCAAAGACGUGGAAGAUGGUGAUAAAUUUACAUGCAAUGAUGAUUUCAGACACAAGCUCUUCAGGAUAAAGAUAAACCAAAUCCAGAUGAAAGAAACGGUAGAGGAACAAGCAAGCACUACAGAGAGAGUAUUUCAGGACCGGCAGUACCAAAUUGAUGCUGCAAUUGUGCGAAUCAUGAAGAUGCGCAAGACUCUGAGCCACAAUUUGCUUGUGUCAGAGGUGUACAACCAGCUUAAAUUCCCAGUAAAGCCUGCUGACCUUAAGAAGAGAAUAGAAUCCUUAAUUGACAGGGACUACAUGGAAAGAGACAAAGAGAACCCAAACCAGUACAACUAUAUUGCAUAAACAUAUGUUGGCCUUUGUUUUUCUGCACAUUUGGUGUCAUACUAAAUUGCCAGUGGAUAAACUAGCCUGUUGAUCCCAUUAUUUGACUUUUUAUACUACCGAUGAAUGAAUGAAAGCGGUGUAAUAGAAAAGUAUAGUAGAGUGGACUUUUUUCAGUGGUUAAUAUGCCCAUUUAAAGAGUACUAUUUACAUUUUAAGAAGAAUGCUGUUGAACUCUUUGCAUGUUAUUUAGUAUGAUAUGCAGAAAACUGUAAGAAAGUACCUGGUCUUCGUGAUUCCAUUUGUCUCCGAGUCUGAAGAGGAGUCCCUUGGUAUAUGACAAAUGUUCUUUUACAUCUUUAAACUAUCAAGCAGAAGGUUAAUUAACAUACAGAAAAUAGCCUUUAAAAUGCUUAAGCUGCAUGCAAACAUUUAAUUUACUGUACAGGAUAUUGGAUAUAUUUAUCAAGUAGCAAAACGACCAAUGAUUUGAUUCACUCAUAUUUAGAUUUCACCCGGGGGAGGGAAAUAAUUACCAAGUCAAGUUUAUACUUAUUGAUGUAGAAAAUAUUCUCUGUUGCAAUUAGGAGGAAAUGUAAAGGAAACAGUAUCAAUAUAAAAUGAUUGUAAGGUUACAAAAUAUGUACCAUUUCUUAAAUAACUGUGCCACUUACUUUAAUUAACAAACUUAGACUUGUAUUUAUAUGGCUUACCCCAAAAUGUAAAGCGUUUACCCUAUUCUUAACAUAAAACAGCAGCAACAGAAACAGUAACAGUUUUUACUAGUCUUCAGCAGGAGAGUCCAACUCUUUGUAAUAACACUUAGCAAAAGAUAAUGUAUUAUAAAAUGAGGCAAAAAGCAACACAGUUCUUGCACACACACACAAAAAAACACCAAAAACUACAUGAACAAAAAUUACAAAUGGAUUUUAAUACUAUUUUUCUUUGAAACAAUCUAAAUGGCUUGAACUUCACCCUAGAUUUAGAAAGGGUGAGAAUCUUAUAGACAUAUCCUGCGUUGGAUUGCUUUUAUGAGUUAUGUCAAGCCAACCUAAAGCUUUAAGAACUCAGUCCUAGACAGUAGCAAGCUUUGCCUCCUAGAACUCUAAGCCUACCUCUCAUGCAGAAAGAUACUUAAAUAUUGCUUCAAGGCAUCUAGAUCCUGUUUUCCUAGUUGACGAGAGCAUUAUUUGGAUCUUCGUGAAACCUGGGAGGAAAAAAUAGCUUGAAUACAGAGGUUCCCCAGACAGAGAGGUUAUUGCUUGAAGUUUUUGCAGCCAGAAGCAUUUUUUGCUCUAUCAGAAUAUGCCAGGAUUAUAAAGUGGCAGCAGAAGAGUUAAUUUUUCCUAGACAUGUGACAGCUCUGGUACCCCUCCUCACCUGGUCAAUCAUUUGACUCAGUUUCAGCCAUGCGGCAUAGCAAGAUGAAGAAUCUGAUUCACUUUCAGGCAUCUACAGCCCAGAGAAAUGCGAGACAACCCUAGGAGGCAAGAAAAUGUGGCUUUAUUUUAAAAUAAUAAUAAUAAUGGUCUUUCCUUAACUCGCCUGAUGACUAGUACUUGUAUAUUCCUGAUUAUCUAUUAUUUCAUCACCUUAUGGCCCUGUGGAGUACAUAAACCUGGAGAGAGAGAGAGAGAGAGUGUGUGUGUGUGAGUGAGAGAGAUCCAGAAUUUCCCCUUCCUGAAUGUUGCUUUUCUUAGACAACUAUAUGGUGUGAAUUGCCUUUCUUUUUUUCCUCAAGCUCCUUUUCAUAAAGUGCUCACUUGACAAAACAAAGAAGCUGGGUUCUUCCCCAGUAAAGAGCACUCCUCAUUUCAUAUUGUUCCCUCAAUGCUGACUUCUUAUAAAAUUUGCACAGCUCUCUGUUCCACGUGAUUUGCAGUAAGAAACCUGUCAAUUUUUUGCAUAGUAAUCAGUCUAAUCCAAUGGGAGACAUUCAGGGUCACUACCUUCGAGAGGCAUAAUAUAUCCAGAGGGGGCAUUUCUUGUGGAGGCUGCUCCUGCAGGGAAUCAGGCAAGCCUAUAACUACUAACUCAUAAGCAGAGAGCCACCAGGGAGAGGACAACAAUGAAAUUGAGAUCAUGACUUUUCUAUCUUCAUUAUGUUUAAACUUCUUUCUGUAUCAGUUGCAUUAUGUCUCUCUUCUCCAUGUAUAUGGUGGUUCUGUUUUCUCAAAUAAAAGAUUUAUUUAAAAGAAGAUACUGUUUAUGGAGGGAAAGCAUCAGAAUAUUCACUUUUAGGGGAAGGACGGAAACCAAAAUAUUUGACUGCCCAUGUUCCAAUUUGUUGCAACAGUUUACAUACAACCAAUGCCACAUACUUAAAAAGGAGACCUUAUUAGACUCUCUAAUUAGAUGGGUAUUGAAUUUCAAUUAUAACCAACCAGAAGGUUUUGGUUUUGGUUUUAUUUUUUUUAUCCCAUUUAUUUCAACCAGUAAAUGCAGAGACUAUUGUGUAGAAAACUCAUGUCCUGAAUUGUCGUCAUACUUCAAGUUUUGACACUGAAACGGAGUUACCCUUUUCACGGGCAGUCCAGCUAUUAAACUAACCCAAUGAGUGGCCUAUGAGAACACUGGCUUGACCAGGACCUGAAGAAAAGCAGGGAAAAGCAUGCCCUCAUAUCCCUUUAUUUACCCCACUGGCCUAUCCACGACAAAUUCUUCAUUUCUUCUGCUAGUGGUUUUCGCUCCUGGCUAGUGACAAAGCUGCAGCCAAGAUUAGCAUCCAGCCAUACUUCUUGCUGGGAUCAUGUGCCUGCCUACUGAGCCAUAUAUUAAUUUUUGUUUUAGUGGCCUUGGAUCACAACUCGUUUGGCUAUAAAACAGCUUGUCUGUUCAGCCACAUAUUUUUAAUCCUGACUCUUGCAUGCAGUUUAUAGCAGACUUGUUGAUAAGAAAUUGCAGUUUAUUCUUAGAAGUAUAUAUUUUAGGUUUUUUUAUCUUUAUACCCAUAAAUGGACUAUUUUUUUGUCUUGGCUGGUUUAAAAAAAGUGACCAUUUUGUUUAAAUGCUGUAAUUGCAAAAGUGUUGUAAACAUUGUUUUGUUCUAUGGUUCACACAAAGGUGCCAAAGUAAAUAGUUAAUAAGAGACUUAACAAAUUUGUUAAGUUGCUUUAGCCGUGGUUUAUAUUUUGAACUUCCUAAGUCUCAUCUUUCAGUCACAGUAUUUUUCGUUUCCCUAAACAUAUCAUUUGCCCUAAUGCUUACUUUUAAACAAUGUUUUAUUUGCGCAUCUAAAAAAAUGUUCAAAUACCACUGUUUUUUAGUGAUUUCAUAUAAUAGGAAGAGUAUUUUCUUUGAAAAGUUACAGUAAAGUUGUAAGAGUACAGCAGCAUUCAAAAAAUGUAAUAUACUUUUUGUAUAACAAUUCUUCAGAAGUAUCUCUGGAGUGAAAAAAACUAACCCUGUUACUUUUAAGAAGCCUCUUCACUCAGCUACUAGAAUAUAAAAUUGUGCUUCUUUAACUGCAUCAAAAUGUUAUAGUUAUGCAGAUUUGCAAAUGGGGCAUGUGUCACCAUUGCAUCCUUUAAUGCAAAAAGCAAAACCUUUUUAAUGUUUCAUAACAAGUCUAAAAUGGGUACAGAGAGUCUUUGUUAAGUUGGUAAAUAAUGUAAAUACAUGUCCUUUCAAAGAGUGAGUCUGUUAUCUAGGUAUUUUGUGUCAUUUAAUAAAUAUUAAACAGUUUUGUGUUGAUAAACUCUUA